AUGUGGGUGUGCGAACAAGCCACUUUUAGAGCAUCUGGAUUUGAGUAUGAAUUGUUCUUGUUCAAUCUAAAUUAUCUAAACAUUUCUCACAAUAUGAUUCAUGGGGUGCUCCCUAAUUUGUCAACAUCCUUUGACAACCUCGAAGUUAUUGACUUGAGCUCAAACUACUUUGAGGGGUCAAUCCCAUCUUUUGUUGGAGAUAAAUAUGUUCGGUCAGUACGCCUGAACCAUAACAUGUUUUCGGAUGCCACUCAACUAUUGUGUCCAAAAAUAGCUAGUUCGGAGCUAGAAGAGCUUGAUCUAUCAAACAACUUGUUAUCUGGAAAGCUUCCAAACUGUUUGAUGAAAAUGCAGUUUCUCCAAUAUUUGCACUUGGAAAACAAUAAAUUCUCUGGAAAUAUACCAACAUCCAUUGGUGACCUAUUAGAACUCCAAUAUUUGCACUUGCAAAAUAAUAACUUUUCAGGAGAGUUCCCGGAAUCAAUGUUGAAUUGUAUAAACUUAAUAUUUCUAGAUGUUGGGUAUAAUUCUUUAACUGGCUAUAUACCACCGAGCAUUGGAUAUGAUUUUAAAGAUCUCGCUUUUCUUAGCUUACGUGAACUUGGUUAUAUUGAUGUUCGAGUUGGUGAAUAUGAUCAUGCGGUUGAAUUGUUUAAGGAAGCUGCAAUAAUUGAGUGGAAAAGAGAAGCGCAAAGAUUUGGAGAAAAAUUAUUAGGACUAGUGAAUUAUAUUGAUAUGUCAAAUAAUGAGCUAGAAGGAGAAAUUCCAGAUGAAAUCUCAAAUCUUACUAAUUUACUGUCCCUUGAUUUAUCAAGAAACAAGUUGACCGGAAGAAUUCCGUCAAAUAUUGGGCAGCUUACUUCAUUAGAACUUCUGGAUUUAUCAAACAAUCACCUGUCUGGUGUUAUACCUGCAAGCCUUGCCGAUGUGAGUUUUCUUGGAACCUUAAAUUUGUCGAACAACAACUUGUCAGGGAGGAUUCCACUCAGCACUCAGUUGCAAGGCUUUGAUCCUUCAUCGUACAUGGGAAACCCGUUGCUUUGUGGGGAACCCCUUCAAAAAUGUGCCGAUGAUGAACCACCCGCAGGAGGAAAUAUCAUCCAUCAAGAGAAGCAUGGACAUGAUAAUUUUUAUCUAGGGCUGUGCAUCAGCGUGGUGCUCGGAUUUAUUGUUGGAUUUUGGGGAGUUUGCGGGUCUUUAGUGGUGAAAAGAUCAUGGAGACAUGCCUUUUUCAGCUUCUUUGGCGACAUCAAAGACAAGAUUUACGUCAUGAUGGUUGUAAAUGUAGCCAAAAUUUGGAGAAAAGAUUGA